AGUCAUUUGCAGAAGAGUAAAUCACAGAAAAGCCGUUUGAGAGCACGACAGGGUUUCAGCUUUCAACUCUAACGCCGGAAUUGUGAUGCGCACCAGCCUUUCCUCCUCCGCUUCCCCUUCUCUGGUUUCUCCAUCGCUGGAUAUUUCAUGGAAUCAGUGUGAAAAUUGUUGUUUUUGUGGUGGCGGCAUUGUCUGCUCCCGCUCUGGCUGCUUGUCGUCACCGAGCUCAGCUCGUCAGUUGUGGCCGUGAGAGGGAACACCACAACAGACUCUCGCUCACUUUCUCCCUCCCCUCCGUCUCUCUCCGUCUGGUGCUCUUUCUCUAGCCUGAAAACACAACCGAAGCAGACAAACAUAACUGAGCGCCGCCGGUCACUUAGACUCUGACUCUAACGACGCGCAAACAAAAGAGCGAAAGAUGAGUUCGUAUUUCGUCAAUUCACUCUUCUCCAAAUAUAAAAGCGGGGACUCGUUACGCCCAAAUUACUAUGAGUGUGGCUUCGCGCAGGACCUCGCCGGUAGCCGGCCCACUGUAGUGUACGGUCCGGGCUCCGGUGCCACCUUCCAGCACGCUCCUCAGAUCCAGGACUUCUAUCACCACAGCGCCUCAACACUGCCCAGCAAUCCCUACCAGCAGAGUCCUUGUGCGGUGACGUGCCACGGCGAAUCUGGCAACUUCUAUGGAUAUGACGCCCUGCAACGGCAGACGCUCUUCGGGGCGCAGGACGCAGAUUUAGUCCAAUACAGCGACUGUAAACUGGGAGGCGCACCGGGACUCAGCAGCGAGGACGCGGAGGGAACCGACCAGAGUCCUUCACCCACGCAGCUGUUUCCCUGGAUGAGGCCGCAAGUAGCUGCUGGAAGGAGGCGAGGCCGGCAGACGUACAGCCGUUACCAGACUCUUGAGCUGGAGAAGGAGUUCCUGUUCAAUCCGUACCUGACCCGAAAGCGCCGCAUCGAGGUGUCGCACGCGCUGGCAUUGACGGAGCGACAGGUGAAGAUCUGGUUCCAGAAUCGUAGAAUGAAGUGGAAAAAGGAGAACAACAAGGACAAAUUCCCCAGCAGCAAGAGUGAACAGGAAGCGGUGGAGAGGGAGAGGAGGGAGAAGGAGCUGCGGGAUGGCGGGGCAGUAGGUGGAGGUGGAGAGGGUGGAGGUGGCGGAGGCUCGGAGCCAGUAGCGGGAACAGCUGGAUCACAGGCCGCUUUGAGCGAUGAUUGCUGUGAGAAAAUUCAUUAGCAAAUGUAGGCUCAAAUAGAUGAAUUUGGUUUGAGAGGAUUGGGCAAGAUGGGCUGAGUUGGGAUGGGGUUCUGCUAUUUUGUCUGAAUUGGGGAUUUGGCUGUCCUGCUAUAUCCACGUUUCAAUCGAAGAGAGCGAACUUUAGUUUCCAAAACAGCGACUGGCUAUCUGAUAGGACUGGAAGGGCCUCAGUGCCCAGUUCUGCUGACUGUAAGGAAUGAAAAAAAAAGAAAAUAAAGGGAAAAGUAAUCUAAUGAGGGCAGGAUUAAUCAAUCCAACAUAGUCUACUUUAGUGAAGAAAAAAAAAAAGAAUGAUACAACAAUGAUAGCUUCCUUUUUUUGUUGAACACUUGUCGUGGAAACAUUUCUAUAUUGUUCGAAGUUUAUCAUUAACAAUUUUAUCUUUGGCAGCUGUAUAGUUUUUAAGUUAAAAUGAUGGUGCACUUUUUACUGUACUUCUCACUCCUAUGUUGUUGUUGUUGUUAUGGCGAUUGUUAUUAACUAUGAAGUUGAUGGCGUAGCAAUUUAUGAAAUGUCCAACAACAUGAAACUGCCUAUUUAUGCCGUUUUAGUAGGUCGGGUCUCUUUUUUAAAACACUCUAAUCGUCGUUUAUCGUUUUAGUUGGUUUUUGAUUGAUGGUGUUUGUUUAUGCUGUCUUCCUUUUCUCUUUAGGGAUUAAAAGCAUGCGCACAGUGCGGUUAAUAAAGGGAAAGUACUUAUAAAUAAAAAUGAUUUUAAAAUA